CAAACAUCUCCCCGCAACCUUCUCUUCCUUUCUGCGUCGUGGAGGGGAGUUUCUACAGCGGACGAAAAUGGGAGGCAGGGGGAGGUCUCGCACUCAGAGGAAGCAUUUCCGGCAAAGCAGAGACAACGUAUGGAAACGAAGCAAAUUCGAUGCUCAACAGCCGUCAGACAACUCCGCCGCCGCCGACGCCGGCGAGAAAGACAACAGGAACAGCAAACCUACAUGGGAGCCUUUCGCCACUCAGAACCCCGCUUUUGAUGAGUAUUACAAGGAACAAGGAAUAGUUCCGCCGGAAGAGUGGGACAGAUUCAAUGAAUAUCUCCGGAGUCCAUUGCCUGCUGCAUUUCGAAUCAAUUCCAGUAGCCAGAUCUAUAUGGAUAUCAGAUCAAAGUUAGAGAAUGAUUUUGUGAAGUCCCUGCAGGCAGAGAUUACAGAUGGGAGUGAAGUGGAGGCAAUCAGACCGCUGCCUUGGUAUCCUGAGAACCUUGCUUGGCAAUCCAAUUUUUCUCGGAACGAGUUGCGAAAAAACCAAACACUGGAGAGGUUUCACGAGUUCUUGAAACUGCAGAAUGAAAUUGGCAACAUUACAAGGCAGGAGGCUGUCAGCAUGGUUCCUCCACUGUUCUUGGAUGUAAAUCCAGAUCAUUUUGUUCUUGACAUGUGUGCAGCUCCUGGUUCAAAAACAUUUCAAUUACUAGAGAUGAUAUAUCACUCAGUGGAAUCUGGGUCAUUACCUAGUGGAAUGGUGAUAGCAAAUGAUGUUGAUGUGCAAAGAUGUAACCUUCUUAUCCAUCAAACAAAGAGGAUGUGCACUGCGAACCUGAUAGUCACAAAUCAUGAAGCUCAACACUUUCCAAGCUGCCAUUUAAAUAGGCACCAUGCAAAGGGUUCUGAGAUACGAAAUGUGGAGGAUCCUGAUUUCACACAGCUUCAAUAUGAUCGUGUCUUAUGUGAUGUUCCGUGCAGUGGUGAUGGUACACUACGCAAGGCACCUGAUAUUUGGAGGAAAUGGAAUGGAGGAAAUGGCAAUGGUCUCCAUGGCCUACAAGUUCAGAUAGCUAUGCGAGGGAUGUCUUUGCUUAAAGUUGGGGGACGGAUGGUUUAUUCAACCUGCUCAAUGAAUCCCAUUGAGAAUGAGGCUGUGGUUGCUGAGGUUCUCCGUAGGUGUGGGGAGUCUGUUGAACUUCUUGAUGUAUCAGCUGAAAUUCCUCAGCUUAUUCGAAGGCCAGGUCUUAAAAGAUGGAAGGUUCGAGAUAGAGGAGCGUGGUUAGCUUCUUACAGAGAUGUUCCUAAAUCACGCAGAGCUGCGAUUGUACCUGGAAUGUUUCCUUCUGGCAAGACCCAUGUGGAUACAUCUGAAAAUGGUGAUGAUUCCACCAGUAUUCUCAUUGAUGAUGGUGUUAAUGAAGAUUCUAAAAAUGGGGAUCCAGUGGUGGAAGAACUCAUAACUUCCACCGACAUCCUGGAGGAGGAAGUCUCAACAUUACCUUUAGAACGUUGUAUGAGGAUAGUGCCUCAUGAUCAGAACACUGGAGCGUUCUUUAUUGCUGUCUUUCACAAGCUUUCUCCAUUGCCAGCUCUUCCUAAAAAGCCUGUUAAUCAGCCUAGGAAGUUGCAUUCCAAUAAUGAUAUUCAAGCAGAGAAGUUAACAACUGAGGUCAAAGAAGAUACUGAUCUUGUGCAAGCUAAGCCAACAGACAUUUCAUCUGUUCUUCCUGAAUUGACUAGGGGUACUGAUGCACUUGAUAAUGAGAUGAUGGAUGACACUGCUGUUGAUACAGAGUCUAGUAUAGCUCCCGAAGAAAAUGAAACAGAGGACAUUGAGCCUUCUAACAAUAUAAGUACUAAUCCAGACUCUAGUAUAACUCCUGAAGAAAAUGACACAGAGGACAUUGAGCCCUCUAACAAUACAAGUACUAAUCCAGAGAUGGUUAGAGGAAAAAGGAAGUUACAAAUUCAAGGCAGGUGGAGAGGGGUUGACCCUGUUAUCUUUUACAAGGAGGAAACAGUUGUGGGUAAGAUUAAGGAUUUCUACGGCAUCAAAGAAUCCUUCCCAUUUAAUGGUCAUCUUAUUACAAGAAAUAGUGAUAUUAACCAUGUGAAGAGAAUCUACUACACAUCGACGUCUGUGAAGAAGGUUCUUGAACUCAAUUUUUUAGGUGGACAGCAGCUUAAGAUAGCCUCUGUUGGACUGAAGAUGUUUGAACGGCAAACAUCAAAAGAUGGUACAUCUGCCCCAUGUUUAUUCCGAAUAUCAUCUGAAGGGUUGCCAUUGCUACUGCCCCAUAUAACCAAACAAAUUUUAUAUGCAUCUCCUGUUGACAUCAAGCAUCUGUUGGAGCAGAAAAGCAUUAAAUUUGCCAACUUUGUUGACGCCAACCUUGGAGAGAAGGCUUCAAAUCUAUUGCUAGGUUGCUGUGUGGUGAUUUUAAACAAAGAUGGUCUGGAAGAUCCUCAAGUGGAUUCAUCAACAGUUGCAAUUGGAUGCUGGAGAGGGAGGAGUAAUGUCUCUGUGAUGGUAACUUCUCUCGACUGUCAAGAACUUUUAGAAAGGAUGUCUCAAUACACAGAAGAGGAUCCUACCUUGUCUGUGACUGAUACUAAACCAUCUGCUGUUGAUGCCCAAGUCUCAACUCUAGACUGAUACCCGGCCAAGUCGUAAAAGCCACUGUUAUUGGAACAAACUUUUGGCUAGUUCUAACUUAUUACACCAAGUUUUUUCUUCCUUUGUUUUGUUUUGUUUUUUUCUUUAAUAGUCACAUUUUGUUAGUUAAGAAUUAAGAUUGUUGGGUUUGAUAUAGUGUACAACAUUAUAACAGCUAUAAUUUGAUUGAUAGUUUUGUUUUGUUUUUUAA